AUGUCAGCCCAGAAGGCAGGAAAAUCUAAGAAACAGCACAGAAGUAUGAAUACAUUGGGAUCUUUACCGUUUGCACAACACCCAAAAAGCAAGACGCGUCAAGUGAUAUAUGAGACGGCCGCGGUCGGUCUCGACGUAGUCGCCAAUAUAUCUGAGGGAACGGAUAUACUUGCUCCUCUCAAAGCGGCUUGUCGGGCAACAAGAUCAAUCCUCGAAGCUGCUCAGGCUGUCGAGAAUAGCCAAGAAGGGUGGAUCAAUCUAACUCAACGCUUCAAGGAAUACAUAUAUGCGCUUGAGGAACAGAUCACCUUGUUUGAAGCGUACCCCCCAGAGGACAGGGUGGUAAACGAAGCGUUCAACCGAUCACUCAUCCGCUAUGUCGAAUUCCUCGAAACUAUGCACGACAAGGUGGUUGAUCUCAACGCAAAACGCAGACAAAGCAAACUUGGCUUCCUCAGAGCGUUUCCUAGAUCGAGGAUCGACGCAGAGGAGAUUGUUAAACUUAAUAGAGACAUCGAGGAUCGGCAUAGGCAAUUCAUGGAGGCAUUGGGACUCUUUACCUCAUUACGUAUUCAAGGUAUCGAACGGAAUAUCAAGGUUACCAAGGCAGACAUGGAGGUUACCAAAUCCAACGUGGAAACAAUCCUGACAGACGUGGAUGCCUCUGCUAUACUCCAGCUACCGGUAGUAGCAUUUGUCGCAUCCUCAGUCCACAGUACCUGUUUGAAAGGAACGCGUGAGGCUGUUCUUGAAACCAUCUGGCGUUGGGCCGGUGAUGAUGCCUCGGAGAAGCCAAUAUUCUGGCUCUGUGACAUAGCUGGUUCGGGCAAGUCAACGGUUGCAAUGUCCGCAGUGGAAACAUGGAGGAAGGAAGGAGUACUAGGCGGUCGAUUCUUCUUCUCCAUAGCAAGCAACGAGGGAUCAACUACCGAAAAGUUCUGCACCACCAUAGCGAGAGACCUUGCUCACUACAUUCCCGCGCUCGCCCCGCACAUCGCCAGAGCCGUGAAGCGAAACCCCUCUCUUAUGCGAAGCUCUCUCGACGAGCAAUUCCAGUUGCUCAUCACAGAUACUAUUCGUCAUCGGCACGAGCGCGUAAUUUUUGUCAUCGAUGGGCUGGACGAAUGUAAAUCUGGAUCGAACAGACGAGAGCUUCUCCAACUGCUUCUCAAGGCCGCUCAAGGCAGCAAGAAUCUCAAAAUAUUCAUGACCAGCCGACCGGACCCUGUCAUUGAAGCAGCCUUGGGAUCGGUUGUGAUCCAAAGUAAAUUAGAAGACCGCCUUCACAAUGUCAGCCAUCAUGACAAUGUCGAAGACGUCGCUUUCUAUAUCCAUAAAGCGCUAGAUGGAGUACUACCUGAUGACAAGAGGCAGAGGCUGAUCGACAAGGCCAAUGGUUUGUUCAUCUGGGCAAGUACCGCAUGCCGAAUGCUCAAUAGCGAGACUACAUUGGACUCGCCUGAAAGCAUAUACGAUCUUCUCAUCUCAGUGGAUCAGCGUGGAGAUAUAGACGAUAUAUACAACCUCGUUUUCGAGCGGAUAGACCCCAAUUCCUAUCCAAUCAUGCGUAGCAUGCUCGCUCUAUUGCUUGUAGCCUUCGAGCCACUCAGCAUCGAUGAUUUGGACGACGCAUUCAAGCAUAUUGGGGUUAAAUGGAAUACCAAGGCAUUGAUACGGAAUCUAGGAAGCGUACUUAGUGUGAACCCAACUACAAACCUGAUCCAAUUCCGUCAUCCCACCCUCGUGGAAUACCUUCGACGUUGCUCCCAAACCCCAGUUGUCGACCAAAACAAGACUCUUUUCCUUGAUGUCUCCAAUGCGCAUGGUCAAGCCUCAUUGUGGUGUCUCAAAUGCCUCACAUCACGGACCGACGGUCUCAAGUUCAAUAUAUGUCAACUCGAGUCAUCUUUCUACCUAAAUAGGGAGAUCCCAGACCUUGAAGCUAGAGUAUCCAAGUUCAUUCCAAGAAAACUUCGAUAUGCCAGCUCUCAUUGGUUAUUCCAUUUUGCGGAGACAGAUGAUAAUCGGAGAUCCACCCUCAAGAAAGAACUCCAACACAUUAUUCAAUUGCCGAACAUAUUAUAUUGGAUGGAGGUUCUGAGCUUCAUUGGUGGAGUGCCGCGAGCCAUAGCUGGCUUUCGAGCUGUUACAAACAAAACCGGACUGGAAGAAGCAAUUAGAAGCUACAUGAACGAGAUCCGGCAGUUCAUAAUAUCAUUCUCGGUACCGAUUCAGGACAGCGCUCCACACAUCUACAUCUCGGCGCUUCCUUUUACUCCCACAACAUCGAAAUUCCACACAAAUGGCCUGAAAAUGUUCAAUAAUGUCAUUGCUGUAAAGCAAGGGCUUGAGAAGACGUACGCGGGGCUACCCGGAAUCCUUCGGGGUCACAAAGGCUCAGUCUUAGCUCUCGUGUUCUCAAAAGAUGGCUCAAAACUGGUCUCUAGCUCAUCAGAAAAGGAGAUCAGAAUAUGGGAUGCGUAUACUGGUCAGCCCCUAGGGAAGCCAAUCCGGGGUCAUGAAGAUUCGGUUUGGGCCGUCGCAUUCUCGCCAGAUGGGUCACAAAUCAUCUCUGUCUCGAGGGACAAGACGAUAAGAUUGUGGGAUGCAGGUACUGGUCAACCUCUGGGAGAGCCCUUCCCAAUUCCCGAAGUUUGGAUCGCUCUUGCGUUUUCGCCAGAUGGGUCACGAAUCGUCUCUAGCUCAUCGAAAAAGACGAUUCGACUAUGGGGCACGGACAAUGGUCAACCUCUUGGAGAGUCGUUUCGAGGUCACGAAGGCUGGGCUACAGCCCUUGCGUUCUCGCCGGAUGGGUCACGAAUCGUCUCCAGCUCGGACGAUGGAACGAUUAGAGUAUGGGAUGCAUACAGCGGUCACCCUCUGGGAGAGCCAUUCCCAGUUCACGAAGUUUGGAUUGCUCUCGCAUUCUCGCCAGAUGGGUCACAAAUCGUCUCUGGCUCGUUGCGCAAUACAAUCCGCCUGUGGGAUGCAGACACCGGUCAACCCCUGAGCGACUCUCUACGGGGUCAUGAUGGCAAUGUCUGGGCCGUCGCAUUCUCUCCAGAUGGCUCACGAAUCGUCUCCGCCUCGAGAGACGAAACCGUCCGCUUCUGGGAUGUGAGUAAUCGUCAACAUCUGGGAAAGACAUUUCGGGACCACGAAGGUUCUGUCAACGCCGUCACAUUCUCGCCAGAUGGUUCACAAAUCGCCUCUGGCUCGGAUGAUGAGACAAUUAGACUGUGGGAUGCACAAACUGGCCAGCCUAUAGGGGAUUCGUUCCGAGGACACGAAGGCUGGAUCAAGACCGUCGGAUUCUCACCAGAUGGGUCAAGAAUUGUUUCUGGCUCAGGAGACGAGACUAUUCGACUCUGGGAUGCAACCAAUGGUCAGCCCUUGGGAGACCCACUUCGAGGUCACGAAGGUCGGGUCACUACCCUUGCGUUCUCACGAGACGGGUCACGAAUUGUCUCUGGCUCAGACGACAGGACCGUUAGACUCUGGGAUACGCACACUGGUCAGCCCCUGGGAGAGCCACUCCGAGGCCACAACAGCACCGUCUGGGCUGUUGCAUUCUCGCCGGACGGGUCACUCAUUGUCUCCAGCUCUUUAGACGCAAAUAUUAGAGUAUGGGAUGUGUCUACUGGUCGAUCUCAGGGAGAGCCAUUGGUUUACGAAGAUUCAGCUACUGCGGCGGCAUUCUCCCCAGACGGCUCGUGGAUUGUCUCUGGCUCAGAUGAUUAUAUGAUCAAGCUAUGGAAUACAAGAACUGGCCAGCUUCUGGGGGAACCAUUACGAGGACACGAAGGCUGGAUUGAGGCGGUCGCAUUCUCGCCGGACGGCUUACGUAUCGUCUCUGGCUCUUCAGACAAAUCGGUCCGUCUGUGGGAUGCGGUCACUGGUCAGUCACUUGGACAGCCACUGCGAGGUCACAAAGGCUGGGUCAGAGCCGUGGCAUUUUCACCAGACGGCUCACGAAUCGCCUCUGGCUCGGAAGACUGCACGAUUCGAUUGUGGAAUGUGGUCACUGGUCAGUUCAUAGGACAAUCAUUUCGAGCUCAUGAAGGUUGGGUCCUCGCCAUCGAAUUCUCCCCAGAUGGCUCACAAAUCGUCUCUGGAUCGUCGGACGGGACGAUUAUGCUGUGGGACGCGAAGACAGACGAUUGUGAGACCGAGGAAGUUCAUGGAGAGCCCACACGUCCAGCUCCUGGAGAACACCCAGGGAGUGCUGCCCUGGGAAUCAUCGUACCUGGAUUCGGAUACUGCUCGCUUUUGGACGAUGGCUGGGUUGUAUCCUCCGGCAAACGUCUCAUAUGGGUACCACCAGACAAUCGGCACGGACUGCGCCAUCCACGCCUUCAUUUGACUUUACCAACAUCAAGUCCUCUCCGUGCAACUAGACUAGAUUUCACCAAUUUCCAAUGUGGAACCUCAUGGACGAAGUAUGAUUCCAUUAUAAUUGAUGUGCCUGCCCGUAUAAUAAGUCGAAAAUUACCAGUUUUUAACCCGCUAAUCCUGCGCUGGGGACUCAUAUUGGGAGGGCCAUCUUUCACCUUGCUAUUCUCCAUGAAUGGAACGAAAUCGCUGAUUCUUGCUCCUACCAGUGCCAAAGCAUCUAGUCCGCCACGAAUCAUUUGGACGGCUAUUCCAGUAGCCGCUCUCCAGGAAGAGUUUGCAUCGUCUACCAAGAUAUCCGAGCCACUAUAA